AUGCGUGGAACGACGAAGCAGUUGCUCGAGCUUGGGGGCCCCCCGCCGUACAACCCUGAGCGAGGAUUCUCUGUCUACGCGGCCAGCAAGACGCAGUGCGAGAGGGAGCCCUGGCGGUGGUACAGGGAGGAACUGCCCAGGUUCACUUUCAACACGGCUCUGCCGGGCAUGAACACGGGUCCAAAUCUUGACCCGGCGAAUCAAGGCCACUCGUCUACAUCGGGGCUUAUCGAGGCAAUUUACAAGGGAAACAUGGAGGUUACUCGUAGCGCUGCACCAGUAUUUGCACGUCGACGUGCAGGACAAUGCUCGUCUGCACGUGGCGGCUCUCCUUCACCCUCGGAUACAAAACGAGCGGCGCCGUAUACUUGGAGGGGCAUUCAGACGACACUUGCGAGGUUGUACCCCAACAGGAUAUUCGCUCAGGAUAUGCAGGCGUCGAAAUUGGACCGGAGUGAUAUUGAGUUGGCCGCAAAAGCAGAAGACUGGCUAAAGGAAAUGGGCCGCACUGGAUAG